CUCAUGAGUAGAACAUAUGAAGAUUGAGAGAAAGAGUGUUUUGUUGCCGGUCACAGUCGUGUCUCUAAGGUUCAGCUGAUUUAAUUGACUUCAUCAUGGCUAAGAGUAUGUACUGGCUUCGCAGUCCCGCACUCACUGCCAUGCAACACCGCAGGCGCUUCAGUGAUACAUCAGAUAUAUUUGCAAUGAUAGAGCGAAUGCAGAGCAGCAGAAUGGAUGAGCAGAGGUGCACUCUUCCACCUCCUCUCAAAACAGAGGAAGAUUACAUUCCAUAUCCCAGCGUCCAUGAGGUAUUGGGUCGAACAGGCACUUUACCACUCAUUCUGCUGCCCCAGUUUGGGGGUUACUGGAUUGAAGGGACCAAUCAUGAUUUAGGCUCCUCCUCCACACCAGAGAAACUGCCCCCUUGCCCCGCAUCACAGGUUAAACUGGAGAUGAACAGCAUCGCCAAUAUCUAUAGGAAACACUUCCUGGGCAAGGAGCACUUUAAUUAUUACUCAGUGGACAGCGCUCUGGGCCACCUGGUCUUCUCGGUGAAGUAUGAUGUGAUUGGAGACCAGGAGCACCUUCGACUGUUGCUUAGGUCAAAGUUUAAAACCUACCAUGAUGUGAUACCAAUUUCUUGUCUGACCGAGUUCCCUAAUGUUGUCCAGAUGGCGAAGCUUGUCUGUGAAGAGGUGAAUGUGGACAGAUUUUAUCCUGUCUUAUACCCAAAGGCAUCUAGACUUAUUGUGACCUUUGAUGAGCAUGUCAUCAACAACAACUUCAAGUUUGGAGUCAUCUACCAGAAAUUUGCACAGACAUCAGAAGAGGAGCUAUUCGGAAACAAUGAGGAAAGUCCAGCUUUUAUUGAGUUUCUGGAGUUCUUGGGAGAGAAGAUUGAACUUCAUGAAUUUAAAGGCUUUCGUGGUGGCCUGGAUGUGACACAUGGUCAGACAGGAAGCGAGUCAGUCUAUCACAACUUCCACAAUAAAGAGAUAAUGUUCCACGUGUCCACUAAGCUGCCAUACAUUGAAGGUGAUACCCAACAGCUGCAGAGGAAGAGGCAUAUAGGAAAUGACAUUGUGGCUAUUGUGUUCCAAGAAGAAAAUACACCAUUUGUACCCGAUAUGAUUGCAUCAAAUUUCCUUCACGCUUACAUAGUGGUGCAAGUGGAGAACGCCUGCACUGAUAACGUCCUUUAUAAGGUAUCUGUGACGGCAAGAGAUGAUGUGCCUUUCUUUGGACCUGCCCUCCCAGACCCAGCUGUCUUUAAAAAGAGUGCAGAGUUUCAUGAGUUCCUCUUGACCAAACUCAUCAAUGCUGAAUAUUCCUGCUAUAAAGCGGAGAAGUUUGCCAAGCUGGAGGAGAGGACACGUUCUGCUCUGCUGGAGACUUUAUAUGAGGAGCUGCAUUUGAACAGCCAGUCCAUGAUAGGACUGGGAGGAGACGAUGACAAACUGGAGAAUGGAGGAGGAGGCGGCGGCGGCUUCUUUGAGUCUUUCAAGCGAGUAAUCCGCAAUAGAAGUCAGUCUAUGGAUGCCAUGGGCCUCAGCAACAAAAAACCACACACCGUCUCCACAAGCCACAGUGGAAGCUUUACACACAACCCCUCAGACACCCCCAAAACACCCGGCACUUCCUUGAUUAUUCCUGGAAAAAGCCCAACCCGUAAGAAAUCUGGUCCAUUCAGUUCCAGGAGGAGCAGCGCCAUUGGGAUUGAGAACAUACAAGAGGUUCAGGAGAGAAGCAGUCGAGAGGUGUCCCCUAGUCCACAGAGGACAUCUGAUGGUGGACACACCACUCAGGACCUCAGAUUAGACAACUCAUCCAGUCAGAGCUCCCCUGAGAUGCAAAUCACUAAGAUUGGUUCGGCCCUGUGCUGUCGAGCUCCCUCUAUCCCGGAGUCUCAGGAUCUGUCUCGCUCCUCGUCCAAUGCCAGUAGCUUCACGAGCGUGGUGGAAGAGAACGAGCAGGAACAUGAAGCGGCAGAGGACUACGACACCGGACUGGAGAGCCUGUCUUCAGCCGGUACGCCUCACAAACGAGAUUCGUUUACAUACAGCGGCAUGUGGUUGGAAGACGGCUCUGGUACUGCUAGUCAGAGCAGCUCACACGGUGAGACAGAACAAACAUUUCACCUCCCAACAACCCAACAUUUUCAUAAGCAGCCCUCUGCAGCGGACACUAGACGUGCUCACAAGAGUUCCUGUAGAGACACGGAUGUGAAGGGGAUUGAACUGCUAGUUCCAGCCCCGAGGCGUACAGUCGGGCAACUGUUGGUCUGUAGACACAAUAGCAAACCUGCCUGGCUUGUGCUGAAGGCUGGUACACGUCUAGAAGAACAGAAAAGAGCUGCCAGCUGGCAAUGA